AUGCAUAAUGUAGAUAAAUAAAGGAGUCAAGAAUAAACAGAGUUGAUCGUAAAUAAUGUUCGAAAUGGUGAUGCUUCUAGUCCGGAGGUGGUUGUGAUAGGGGAAGGGGAAUUGUAAAGGAUGAAAAAUAAUGCAAUAAUUACAACUAAAGAAGAGCAAUUAUACUAAAAGAAAUUGCUUGAGGAAUAGAAGGAGAAGUAGAUGGCUGCUGCCAAAGCCAAAAAAUAAAGAAUGAUGCAAAUGGAGGAAGAAAAAAAAAAAUAAGUUCCGUUGACAUCAUAAUAGGAGGAGGAUAAAGUUGUGAAAGAUUCCCUUCUUGCAAGAGCAGCAGAAAUAAUGAAUGAGUAGAUGGAUGAUGUUAAAGAAAUGAAUAAGAUGGUAAUGUAUGCUAAAUGUGUAACUGUUCGAGAUAAGCAACUAUAUGAGAAAAAAGAAUUGAUUAAUCAAUAUAAGGUUUAGGAAAAGAGAAAGGAUUUGAUGAUGGAAAUAGAAAGGCUGAAAUCCAUUAAAUAUCAUGAAGAGAAGGAUAAAUAGAGAAAAGUUGAAUAAAAACAAGGGCAUGAUAUUAUUAUUGAACAAAUUAAAGAGAGAGAGUUAAUUAGAUUGAAAGACAAAGAAGAAUAAGAAAGAGAGGGAUAAGUUAUGUUGAAAAAGAUUAAGCAGCUAUAAUAAGAGGAAGCAUAAAAAGCUAUGCAAAAAAAAGUAUCGUAACAAAAGGUUCAAGAAGAAAUCUUAGAAGCCAAUGAUAGAGCCAUCUUAGUAAAAGAAAAAAGAAAAUUGGAAGAGAGAGAAGAAGAAGAAAUGAUAGUCAAAUACAAUUUACAAAAAGCGCAAAAAGAAGCUGAACUCUUAGAGGAGCAAAGGAGGAUUAAAGAAGAAAAAGAACGUGAAGUUUAAAGACUGAGGGAAAUGCAAGAAAAGGCAUAAGAUAGAUAAGCUGAAUUAGAUGCAUUAAGAGCCAAGAGAGCCAUGGAAUAAAAUGAAAGAUAAGCAAGAGAAAAGGAAAGAAAGGAAGCAGAAUUAAAAAUGAGAUUAAAUCACGAAGUACAUGAAGCAAGGAAAUUGUAAUAAUAUGAAAAACAAGAUAGACUAGAAGAACAAGCUAGAUUAGAAAGAGAUGAAUUUUAAAGAGUUAUAUAAAAGUAGAAAUAAGAACGAGAAAAUGAACUUAAGUUAUUGCAUGAUAAAGAUGCUCUUGUUAAAAAGCAUGCAGAUGAAUUAAGAAAGCAAAUUUCUUUGAAUGAGGAGAAAAGAAAAUAAGAGGAAAGAGAUAAAUUAGAAGAAGGAAAAAAGAUUAGAGACAAAAUGUUGAAUGAAAAAAAACUGUUAGAGAAUAUCAAAGAUACAAAAUUAAGAGCAUUAAAUGAUAAUGGAAUUGCUGAUAAAUACAAAGCUGAAUUAGCUCGAAAAAAAAUCAAUAUAUUAAUUUGA